GAUUUGGCAAUUAUAAUGAAAGGAAUUCUCUUAGCAGUUCAUUAUUUACAUGAGAAGAGAAUUAUUCAUAGAGACUUAAAACCAGAAAAUAUUAUGUUUGCUACAAAUGAUAUAAGAAGUGUUAAAAUUGCUGAUUUUGGGUUAAGUUUCAAGUUUGCAUCUGAAGGCAUGUUUUACAGCUUACUAAAUAAAAAAUGUGGAACCAUUAUUUACAUGGCACCUGAAUAAUUUAAAGAGAAAUUUGUAUUCAAUUGCAUUAAAUAGAUAGUAUAGCAAAUAAAUUGAUUCUUGGAGUUGUGGAGUUAUUAUGUACAUGUUAUUGAAUUCUGGUUAGCAUCCCUUUUAUAAUAAAAAUGAAACAAGAGAUCAAGUAAUUAAAAAAAUAAUGAAUCCAAUAUGGCAUUUCUCAGAUCAUAUGAAUCCUCUUGCAAAAGAUCUUAUUUAAAAAUUAACUACGAUUGAACCAAUAGAAAGAUAUAGUGUUGGAUAGGCAUUAAUUCAUCCAUGGAUCACUCGUAAUUUCUAAGAUAAAAUACCAUUAACAUAUAAUGAACAAAUCUCUUAAUUUAUAAAAGACCAAUAAAUUCGAAAUGUAUUAAUGAUAUUUAUAUAUUCUAGUCUUUUAAAUUACUCUUCUUUUUAUAAUAUCUUAUGAGGAAUUGUCCUAUCCAUUAACCUUAUCCUGAUGAUGAAAUCUUAUAAAAAUUAAGUGAUAGGAUAAAAUUAUAAUAACAGUAUUAAUCAUUGCCCAAUCCUUAAUUAUAAAAAUAAAGAGUAUUGUCAAAUAAUCAAAAAAUAAAAAAUUUAAGAUCUACUAGUCCCAAAGAUUAGAAAUAAAGGUAAAAAUCAAAAUCAAAGCCAAAGACUUCAAUUGAGAAUUUAAACACUCAAGAAGAUUAGAAAUAUACUAUGUCUUCUUUCAAAAAGUGCUUUUAACAAAAAACCACAGUGAGACCUAAAACAAUAGAAUAAGCAUUGAAUGAAAAUUCAAUAAAAUCGAAAUAAUUUAUCAAACAAAAAUUAGAGUUACCUCGGUUAAAAAAAAAAUGA